UUUUUCCACUUAAUCCUCUCCCUCCCUUCCCCCUUCACUCAUCUCCGCAUUAUCCUCUGUGCAUUUGAAUCAUUUUGUCACGGGGGUCUCUCUCCUCCCGCCCCCUCACCUCAUUUCUCUUCACAGCACAUUGUUCGGGCUGAAAAGAAACAUUUCAUUUCUGUCUCGCGUCUGCUGGUGUCGAGUGUUCGUCGCAGAGAGCGAAACUGAGCAACUUCACACGGACACGCGCUGCUUCUGUCUGCAGCUCACGUUCAGAUGUGCUGAGGGCCAGUAACAUGGGUCUACCUCUGAAUUUGACCACGAGAGCGACUGGCACAUCGAGAAUGUUUGGAAUAACGUUACAUUGGAAGUGAUCUCGACGUAUUUUCACCGUUUACUGCUGUAGGUGAGUUGCUAUGCAACGCGAUGUUUGCCGUUACAGUGCUUUGGACGCAGAUCAUGAAUAAUGUGACAAUGUAAAUGUCACCGGAUCAGCCGUGAGAAGAUCACAGAUCAGCGCAAAUACAAACAAUCCCACCAACUGGAGCAGAUCCUUCUGUCUGUGUACUGGACAUAGAGCUCCGAUGACUGGAGCAGCGUGCCGUUGUGUUGAAACAUCCUCAGAGGACCACAGCACUUCUCCAUGCUAACCAUCUCCAUGCUAUUGAGAAGAUUACAGACAGAGGAGGAUGUCAACAGAGGCAGAACUGACGCAAGCCCAUGUCAAACUCAGUGUCAAGAAGGAGUCCAAGAGAAAAGGUCAGGAUCGCAGCGAGCAGGCACUGGUUCAGCGCUUCAGGGGAGAUGGCGUCAGUUACAAGGCCAAGCUGAUCGGCACUGAUGAUGUGACGGCAGCGCGUGGAGACAAGCUGUGUCAGGACUCCAUGAUGAAGCUGAAGGGAAUCGCUGCCUCGGCACGAUCGAAAGGGAACCAUAAACAGAGAGUUUUCUUGACUGUGUCCUUCGGUGGAAUCAAGAUUUAUGAUGAGAGAUCAGGGGUCUUACAACACCACCACUCGGUCCAUGAGAUCUCCUAUAUUGCCAAAGACACAAGGGACCAUCGGGCCUUCGGCUACGUGUGCGGAAAGAAAGGCAACCACAAAUUUGUAGCCAUCAAGACGAGCCAUUCGGCGGAGCCAGUCAUUCUGGACCUGCGGGACCUGUUCACCCUCGUCUAUGACAUCAAACAGAGGGAGGAGUCUCAAAAAAAGUCUCAGAAAGAUCAGAAACACUGUGAGCAAGCCGUCUAUCAGACCAUUUUGGAAGAUGAGACUGAUGAUCCAAUUUAUCAGUACAUUGUGUUUGAAGCCGGACACGAACCCCUCCGUGGCCACCAAUCAGAAGAGAGCGUUUACCAGGUCCCCACAAGUCAGCAGAAAGAAGGGGUGUAUGACGUUCCCAAAUGCCAUUUUAAGACUAAUAUAAACCAGUUUGAUCUUUUUGGUGACAUGGCCACCCCUCCGGACAUUCUUUCUAUGCCAGCAUCUCCUGCUAUCACACUGGAUCCUGGAAGAAGACGACGACAGCUCCACCCAGAACUCUUCACCCAUUUCAGCCCACCAGCGGUGCCCUCGGGGUAUAUGAGCAUGGGUGCUCUCCAGGCAGCCCACUGGGCACAACAGUCCUUCGCAGCUCAGGCUGCACCGAUGGCCUUCGGGAUUCAGGCACCGUUGCAGGUGGCUCAGAUGCUUCCUGGAGGACAGCCUGUGAUCUGGGGUCAGGCCAACCUCUUCCACUCUCCAGCCACCGGCCAGCAGCAGUGGGCCUUCGUACCGGCCCAGACGGUGGGCAUGGGGCCACAUCCAAUCCCAGCCGCUGUGCUUCAGGGCCUGGUCCCGAUCGCUGCCAUGCGACCCCACUCUUGUGAGCCCCCGGACACAUCGUCAGCCGUCACCAGCCCGUGGCACGGCACAUCUAAAGACGACCUAAGCGAGGACUCUCGGGAGGUGACAACCGUUCAGGUUACCGCCGGGCAACAGGAGGCUGCGGCAGACCCUGCACAGCCUUUCAGAAAACAGGAAGUGGACGACUGCUGCGGUGAGCUGGAUUUUUCUCAGAUGAGUUUGACACCAGGAUCAUCGAUAUCACCGUCCACGGCUGACUCUUGUGCUACUCCUGGUCCUGAGCAGGACUCCACACGUGUAGCUGAUGUCCCGUCAACAGCGCCAUCAAUCCUGAGCACAAACGACACCUCAAACCACGGAACGGAAGAAUCGAAGGUCUCUUCUCAACCUCUCAUCACUGACGUUCAGCCAACAGACCCACCAGACUCUUCCCAGCCAGAUGUCUGAGUACAGAUGACUUCUGGAUACGUUUCCCUUCAUUCCUCAAGGAAGAGUCUGGACGUGCAGGACAGCGCUGAGAGACCACAGUAACCCUGUAGUGAGCUCUGUGGAAUAUUUCACAAGUGGCUGAAGGUUCAUUUUCGUCUGAAGAAUGAGUUUUUAUUGGAAUAAAGCGCAACUUUACUUAGAGAAGGACUUUCUACCAGCUGCCAACCAUUCAAAAACUAAGGAAAUUCAAUAUUUGUUCUCUUAAUAAUACGCAGCUGUCACAGAACAUUGGCGCAGUGUGAUCUGACCGGGACUACACAAUUGGUCAAAUUGUGUUUUUUAAGUCUACAGAGACUGCAAAACCAUUCUAAUGCUCAUAGAUUUAAGGUCGUGUUUGCUGUGACCAGAAGUGGGUUUCACUUUAACCGUGAAGCUGUGCAUUUGAAAUAUGGAGAUGCCAAAAACUUCAACUUUUCUUUUUUUAUGGAGGGUUGUGCUAAGAAACAACUGGAGGACAAAUGUUCUUGUUUGGAUUUUCCAGCUUUUAUACCGUACAAUGAUACUAUGAAAUAAAGAAAAGUGACUUUUUACUAUCUAAGUGUAUUGUGAGACCAUAUGGUUUGGAAAACGUCAGCUGGAUUUCAAAGAGGUUUUGCACCAUGAGAUUUGCUCUUGUCAAUGUUGAAAGCUCGGUGUGGUUCAUAACAGCAAUAUUGUGUGUUUAUAUCUGUAACUCUUGGGGGUUAAUGUUUGCAUUCUGUAUGAUGCCAUCAAAGCAGAGGUCUGCAGAUUCAAGAACAGUGUCAUUGCUAAAGUGUCUGGAUAUUGUCAACGUUGAAGUGUCAGAAAUUGUUUGAAUAUGUCCGGUCUUAAACAUUUAUAUAUUUUCAUUUUUUCCCUUCAGUUUUGUUGUUGUAUUGCAGUAAUCUUCUCUCGUCACUCUUUUCGUUGAGACGUUCUUGAAGCAAUGAAGUGCCGUUUUUAGUUUUGCCCUCCACAGAUCAGAUCAGCGUGUUUACUUUGCCUUAUAUAAGAAAGGAAAAGACAAAAGAAAAUAUGAAUAUAUGUUAAUAUUUGGGAUUAAGAAAAAAAGCGGUUCGGUUGUUAAAAAUACGUGUGCACGGGCUGUGACAUUCAUAGAGCUGUGCUGUCGGGAGCUUUUCUGAGAAUAUUAGCAAAGCGACUGAAAUAAAUGAAAAACUGACAUCUGAUGUGUGUUAUUGGGUCAAUUUGCUUAGGUUUACAUCAUGGGAUAGAUAUGUUUCUUAUGUUUUUGAUAUAUGAUUUUGCCAGUGCCAUUGAUGUACUGGUCUAAUGUAAACAUCUGUGAUUACGAGUAAAUCUGUCAAGAACAUGUCCAGUUCGUUUUUGUUUCUUAAUACAAAACUGAAUAACAGGCACAUUGCAAAGUACUCAUGGUUAUAUAAUUGUAUUUAUGCUGAUUACUAAACUAAAAAUGUACUAAAAAUACAAAGAUGGCAUAUUGACACAGUAAACACAAUACAAUGACAGGUAUAAAUGAAAUCCUUUGAAUUAUGGUCAUGAGAAUUUGUGUGAAAAUGUGCGUAUCCUCAUGACAAUAAUAUAAUACUGAAUAACAUAAUGUAUUUUGGAGGAAAAAGUGCACUACGUGUUACUGUAAGAGUCACUGCACAGAUCAUUCUUGAUUGUUUUCAUAUCAUUUAUAUUUCGUCUUAGCAGUUUGUACUCAUUUGUAUCUUGUCUGAGGUGUAAGUGUUGAACAGUUUGAAGCGCAUAGUAAACCUGCCACCAGGUCAUGUGAUGUCACAAAUAAAACACCAUAAGAUUGAUACAUACUGUCAUGAUUAU